UACAUCGUCUACCUCGUGGGACAGCUUCUGCUUCAGUGGGUGAGACACAAGCAGAAGCUCAAUCAGAUACACGCAGAUUAUGGGGAUAUUGCUCAGACCUACCGAGCUAGACGAAUACUAAUAGCCACUAUAGGAAGACGGCCAAAUCCACCAAGUGCACGGAGGCUGAAGCCCGAUCCUAGGACUGCCGAAGCCCGAUCCCGCGAGCACGUCCUACGAGCUCAGAUCGCUGAAGUCGUAGCGCGAGAUGCCGAUUCUCGCGCUGAAAAACUUGCGCUAGAACUGAGAGACAGUAAGGCGCAAGGCUUCGAGGCCGAAAGGCGAGCUUUUGAUGCCGAGGGGCGAUUUUUCGAGACUAAGCGACGAGCUCUCGAGGCCGAGCGGCGCCUAAGAAUUUCAAUUUUUCGGCCCCAGGGCUUGAACCUUAGAACAACCCCGAGUCUCUUCGUCGUCGUUCGUCUUCUCUACGCCCCCCUUCCCCGCCUGCUCAUCCCCGUCGAGAGGACGCCGUGCAUGCCCAAGAUACCAGCGGCCGGGACAAGGUUUUAG